AUGAAGUCUCCUCGUCUUGUUGGAACGGGUAAUGUCUCCGCCAGUCAUCCCAGAAGCCAGCCCCUCGGCGUGAGCGAGGACCUGGCACCCGUCAUCAGUAACAUCCACAGCUUCUGGCACCGGGAGCUGCUCUACGAUACCAAGAAGCCCGGAUGGGGCCGCGAGUUUCACCACAGGUCGAAAAUGCUAUUCAGCAAGGCAGGCGAGAUCCUGGGCAGCAGGAGCGGCAUUUCAGACGACGUGUACAAGCUCGCCAUUGCAUACGGGAGGCUUAGCAUGGGCCUGUCGUACAUUGCUUACCCUGCUGUUGACGGAUAUAAUGGCAUUUAG